AAUAUUUUACAUCCUAGUUGCACUUCUGUGCAUUUUAAUUCCUAGUUCUAUUCUCUCCUGCUUCUAUUACUGUCCAUUAAAGUCUAGUUUAGUUGUUUUCGUGAUAAGUAACUUAGGCCAUUAGUUCAGUAAUCUUUCUUACUGUAAUGCCUUCCUACUUCAGUAUUUCUGCGGAUAAAUGAACUAGUAUGUUAUAUUUCGUUUUAGCUCAAGUCUUAGUUUGGUUGCUGCACAAGCAUAAAAAAUAUGAAAUUAUUUGUUGGUUAUUUAUUCUGUAAGUUUAUUUAAGGCAUGACGCGGAUAAGUUUUCAGCCUUACUCUUUUUCUUCUUCCCUGAUCAAAAGCCUAUCGGAAAUGCCUCAUAAUGUUCAGUAUUUGCUUGAUUUGAGAUAUGUGAUCGAGGUUAGUCAAAGGUUAAUGGUGCAAGGAUACUCAGGACAUGCAAGCUACAAGGGAGGCUUGGAUGUUGCUCGCAAAGUUCUAAAGUCUGAAAGUAUUCGUUUACUAUACAGAGGAUUCAGUCUAUCUGUUCUAACAUACUCUCCGUCCAGUGCUGUAUGGUGGGCAAGUUAUGGUUCGAGCCAGCGCUUCAUAUGGAGCAGGCUUUUGGAUAAUGGAACUGAGCAUGGUGGGCCUUCACCCAGUCAGAGGAAAAUAGUGGCAGUUCAAGCUGCUGGUGGGAUCAUUGCAGGUGCUACUGCAUCUUGCAUAACAACUCCAUUGGACACCAUUAAAACUCGAUUGCAGGUGAUGAGACACGACAAGAGACCUACUGCACGUCAAGUAGUUAAGCAGUUAAUUGUUGAGGAUGGUUGGACAGGAUUUUAUAGGGGACUAGGUCCAAGAUUUGUCAGCGUGGUGACCUCCAUGAUACUUGCGUAUGAACCUCCAGAUGACUCUUCAUGCAGUAGGGUUUUUAUAUUACUGCCAUACAGUUUUGGAGCUGGAGAUAUCUAGACCGUGGUAGAUCUGCUGCUUAGCUGUCUGUAUACAAAAGACAUAAGUUGACUUGGAAUCCGAAUACCUGGCAAACAACAAUUAAUUUCUUAGGAAUUCACUCACAAUACUUUUCAAUGAUUUUUGCCGCAUAAAUGUAAUAUUCAUUGGUUGUAGUGAGUCACUACAAGGAGGACUGAAGGAUAUAUUCUUAAAUAUUUUUUGCCAAAUAAAUGUAAUAUUCAUCCAUAUUGGAAUGGCUGAAUCCUUGAUCAACUU